CGUGCGAAGUUUUCGAGAUGAUGACGCGAGGUUCUACAAGUCCAGACUUCGCAGGGUCUGGAUGUGCAGCAGAUCUUCAUUGGAGACAGCUGGAUAGAAGAUUACGUGCUAUUGAACAACCUACAUGGACAAUAAGUUUCGCCCAGUCUCGUUGGCGGCAAUGUUCAAAAGGAGUAUGCCGGUGCGAUGCCACUCGUAAGUCUCUGACUUGCUGGCGCGUUGGUCUCUCGACCCUCACAGCGGAUCUCGUUGUGCCUGCAGAUCUUAUUACCAUAGACCUGGGCACGAACAAACUUCGCACACUCCACAAGACUACGUUCAAAGGGCUGCGGUCUUUAACUGAGUUGGACAUGUUUGACAAUCACGUGGAGUACUUACCUGCAGGGAUCUUUGACUCUCUCGUCAACUUGAAGAUAUUAAGACUUCAGAGAAAUUUUAUCGAAGAAAUCGACAGCGAAGCUUUCCGAUCCACAAAGAAACUGUUUCAUGUCGACCUGUCUAACAAUUUUCUCUAUACACUUCCUGAGAGAUUGUUCGCUAAUAAUUCCUUUUUAGAAACAAUCGAUAUUUCAAACAACCAAGUAAUUUACAUACCAGCUGAUACAUUCGUUGGACUCGAGUCAUUAUUAAUAUUAGACUUGUCGAAAAACAAAAUACAGCGCAUCGAAAACGGAACGUUUUCGAUAAGACCUUUGCAGAUAUUAAAGUUUUCUGAGAAUAAAAUUGGCAAUAUCACAGAGAAUGCUUUUGAAAAUCUUGUAUCUCUCGAGACUCUUCUACUAGAUCGAAACAAAUUACAAAAUAUCCCGACACAUUUGUUCAGCAACCUUAAAUGUUUGACUUUCUUAGAUUUGUCUAUCAAUAAUAUAAACAGCUUGAGUGGGGCUGAAUUCGAAAAACUCAAACGUCUUCGUAAUUUGGAUUUACGAGAAAAUGCGCUUACUGAGAUACCAGAUUUUACGUUUUCAAAUUGCUCUCACCUUGAGAAACUUGAUUUGUCCAAAAACAAAUUACGUUAUUUGAACUUCACAAGUUUCCACGGCUUGGAAAAUCUAACGACGCUCUUAUUGACCGAUAACAAGCUCUACGAAGUUCAUUUCAAAACAUUUUCAACAUUGAAAAAUUUAAUAACAUUAUACCUGGACAACAAUAUGUUUCCCUCCCUCCCAUCGCGCACGCUUGAUUACAUGCCAAAACUGGCGGUAGUCAAGCUUUCAAACAACCCGUGGCACUGUGAUUGUCACACACUUUAUAUUUCCGCAUGGGUUCGACUGAACGAAAUGAAGUUAUGGGAUUAUUCUCCAACAUGCGCGUCCCCUUGGUUCAUGGAAGGUCAUUUUCUUAAAAAACUAAAAUUUCCAGAACUGUGUGCAGUGAAUAGAAAACCUCAAGAGAGCAUGGAACAGAACCAUGACGUCACUACCAUCGACCCAUGGCACUGAGAAAACCGUUACAAAAACAUCGCUUUAAUUAAGUUCUGUAAUUAUAGUUGUGUGUAGCGCUUAAUCACCUGACUCGAGAAUAUAAAUCAAGAAUUAUUUAUCAAGUGGAAUAAACACAAAUGUCGUAUAGAAAUAUCAAUAGGUUUUUUAAAUAUUGACAGUCAUGACACUCACCAACUGAAUUUGAAUUUAUUAGUCUUCCGAAAGCAUAUGCAUAAAAUUAUAUCUUCAUUUAGUUUUCGUUUCAUCAAUAAUUAUUAAUUUAGUCGUUUUCAAGUAAUCUUAAUUACC